AUGUUAUCAAGGGUACAAUUAAAGCGCAUACCAAAUUGCAGACAGUUUUCUGUGAUGAACAGGGCUUGCAAAUGGAACGAUAUUCCAUUAGCACCACCGGAUAAAAUCUUGGGUAUCAGCGAAGCAUUUGUUAAGGAUUCCAACACCAAGAAAAUCAAUUUGGGAGUUGGUGCAUACAGAAACAACUCUGGUAAGCCAAUUGUGUUCGAAUCGGUCAAAAAUGCUGAGGCCAAGUUAUUAGAAACAGAAACCGAAAAGGAAUACACUGGUAUUAUCGGUAACAAGAACUUCCAAAAAGUGGUCAGAAACUUUAUUUUCAACAACAGCGGUAAGGACGCCAAUGGGGCCAGAUUGAUUGACGAAAACAGAAUCGUCACCAGUCAAACCAUUUCUGGUACCGGUUCUUUGAGGGUUAUUGCUGAUUUCUUACACAGAUUCAACACGGCCAAGAAAAUAUACGUGCCAAAGCCAACCUGGGCCAACCACAUUGCUGUUUUCACUGAUGCUGGUAUGAGUACCGAAUACUACGAUUACUACAAUAAGGAAAUCAACAACUUGGACUACGAUAAGUUGAAGCAAUCGUUGUCUAACGCCGAAGAAGGUUCUGUGGUCUUGUUGCACGCUUGUUGCCACAACCCUACUGGUAUGGACUUGUCAUCCGAACAAUGGGACGAAGUCUUAGCCAUCGUCCAACAAAAGCAAUUGUUCCCAUUAGUUGAUAUGGCCUACCAGGGUUUCGCGUCCGGUAACCCAUACAAGGACAUUGGAUUGAUUCGUAGAUUGAACGAGUUAGUCGUCAACGGUGACAUUUCCACCUACGCUUUAUGUCAAUCUUUCGCUAAGAACAUGGGUUUGUACGGUGAAAGAACUGGUUCUAUCUCCAUUGUCACCGAAUCUGCUGAACAUUCCACUGCGAUUGAGUCCCAAUUGAAGAAGUUAAUCAGACCAAUCUACUCGUCGCCUCCAAUCCACGGUUCCAAGAUUGUGGAAACCAUCUUCGCCGACGAAUCCUUGUACAACUCUUGGUUAAGUGACUUGGACCAAGUUGUUUCCAGAUUAAACACCGUCAGAACCAAGUUAUACGAGAAAUUGGACAAGUCCAACUACAACUGGGACCACUUAUUAAAACAAAGAGGUAUGUUCGUUUACACUGGUUUAUCAGCUGAACAAGUUAUUGAAUUGAGAGAAAAGUACUCUGUUUACGCUACUGAAGACGGUAGAUUCUCCAUUUCUGGUAUCAACGACAACAACGUUGAUUACUUGGCCGAUGCCAUGAACCAAGUUGUUAACAAAUAA